AUGGCGAUGCCGAUCAAGGAAGGGAAAGAGUGGAAUUUGCACAACAACGCACUCCAAGAUUUUGGAAGCGAUACGACAAGAGACAAGAACGCUUCGAAUUGCGAGCUGGUAGACCAGGUCAGCGCUCGAGCGGGCGCGGCAGUCUUUAAAGCGAGCCUUCUCAGCUACCGGAGCGCAAUCGUCUCACAGGUCUCGAUCGCUUAUUCGACAGCUUUGGAACCUCUCAUUCCAGCCGCACGCUCCCACACCCUCAUAUCUCGCGAAUCAUUCCUCUUCGCGGGCGCCCGUAGUCGUGGCUUGGUGUCCGCUAGCUUGCUGCACUCCGCUCGGUCAGUCCGAGUGGUGUCGGAGCCAGUUCAUUUGCGUGCAUUCAGCCUCGGUAUGCGCAAAAGCAAAGAGAACCUUGGGACUUGGAUCUUCCUGGCCCUUACUCGAUUGAAUAAGGCUGCAGGCGCAUGCAUUAGAGUCGUUCAUGGCCCAUCCAAUGACAUGAAGGGUGACUUCACCAUCAUGCAGUCGGCGCGGCGUGACAAAGAAUUCGAGUAUAUUGAAGCUGACCGUUUCGGCCCCCACAUCAUCACGAGUGAACUCAGCUGA